UGAACGGGAGAGAGAGCGAGGAUGUUGUCACUGCAGGAUGCUCAGAGGAAGCUGCACCAGUCGGAGAGGGCAUACCAUGCGAUGAGGCUUCAAGUCUCGCAGAAGCAGCAGAAAGAGGCCCGGCGUGAGGCUCGGCGAAAGGAGAAGGUUCGUAGAGAGACGGCGAUGGCGGCCGAGCUGCUUGAGCGCGAGGAGCGUGAGGAAGAGCGCAGAGUCGAGCUCGCCAUUCGGAGACAGAGGCAGUUUCAGAAGCAGCUGCGAGCGCGAGAGCUGGAGGAGGAGCACCUGCAUCGUUACCAGGAGGAGGCCCGCGACCGCAACCUGCUCCACUACGAGCUCGACGUCAAUGGCCUGACAAAGCUCCGCCACACCACAUCCAAGCUCUGCCGCGUCGAGGAGAAGCGCCGCAUGCUCGCCCUCGAGGCCACCGCCGAGGAGGAGGUCCGCAAGCUCGCCAAGAUCCGGGAGCGCCAGGACAAGCGCGCCGCCGUCUUCCGGCGCCGCCACGAGACCAUCGAGGCCCGCCGCGCCCGCACCAUCCGCUACGAGGAGGCUAAGCGCCGCAACUGGGAGGCCAACAUGGAGCGCCAGAAGCGCGCGUGGGAGCGCAAGAAGGCUGCCCUGGAGAAGAAACUCGACCGCAAGGAGCGCCGCAUCGAGUCGGAGCGCGCCGCUCGCAAGAUCGUCGCCGAGGAGCGCGCCCAGCGUGCCGCCGCCCGUGACGCCGAGAUCAAGCGCGUACGCAAGCAGUACGAUCGCAUCCGCCACGCCGAGAUGGAGCGCAUUCUUGACACCAUCCCCACAAACCUCGAGCGCCGCGGCUUGCGCGCUCGUCCCGGCACCGCACCUGCCGGCCGUCGGCGCCGUCAGCAUGGCUGAAACUAAACCGAACCGCCCCUCCA